AUGAUUAACUUACCAAAUGUUCAAUCAACAGCAUCUAAUUCAUUAUCGGAUUGUCAAACAGCGGCUUCAUCAUUUCGAACAACAAUUAAUUAUACAGCCAGUAAUAUUACGGGAACUACCGGAAUGAAUGCUACCUGUUCAGCCAGCGGUAUUGUAUGUCCUGGUCAAACUAUCAAUGGUGUUUGUAUUUGGCAACGGAAAUUAAGUGCUGUUUGUCGAAAUGCCAGUGGUGUUAUUAAAAUUCGUAUUCAGACAAACGGUUUACCUCCACGGUGUGCUAGUGUACCCAUGGGCAGUUUUGCCGAAUUAAAUGUUGAUUUUGAAGUAAACUUUAAUCCUGAUGUCAGCAUUAAUUCGUUAAAUUCAAAUCUGAACACUGUUUCAUCACUUUCGCAAACACUCUGUACACUAACUAGUGCAUCAACAGCUCCAUCGGCUUCCGGCUUUGUUAAUUAUGGGACAACAGGUCUGACCACUGCAACAGGAGUAUCAGUAGACGGUGUUAUGAUUUUUACUCCUGAUUCAACAAAUAAUAUCGAUCCAUUUUUUCCACCAGCAGGCGGAACCGCUGAAACAGUAGAUAGCUGUCUUGCUCAUUGUCAGGCGGCUGGUAUAUAUCAUUAUCAUAUUGCUAGUGGUUGUCAAGUCAAUCCUCCAACAGGAAAUAUUACAUCAUGUGCUGCUAAUAGUUCUUGUAUUUCAAAUAUUGCUACAUAUUCUAUAUCUUCAUUUUUAAGUUAUCAAACGAAGACAGUCAUUGGUAUUGCUAAAGAUGGACAUGUUAUUUAUGGUCCUUAUCUAUCUUCAGGUACACAAGUAACAACAGGUUUUGAUGUUUGUAAUGGAAUGUUUUAUGAUUCUAUUGGUAAUUAUGCUUAUUUCGCUACAUCAACAUAUCCAUAUCUUGUUGGAUGUUUUGGACCAGGAAAUUAUCCGUUGUUUGGACCCACUUGUACUACUAAUGGAGUAUCAUCCUAUAAUAUGUCAUCUUAUGCGAGCUCGUUCUGGAAUAGUUCGACUACAACUUCAAUGAGUGUUCGAAUUAGUCUUGAUACUGGUCUUAUUCUUGUAUUCAUUAGCGCCUUCAUAUCCUUAUAUUAA